ACCGUUUUCCAUCGCUUUCUCUUUCUCUCUGACAAAAUCACUCACACACACCCCUCCAUUAUUAUUUAUUCUCUCUUCCAAAAUCUCCAUUUCAUCCUCCUUCUUUCUUUCUCUCCAUCUCCACAUCCUCUCAAUCAUGGCCUCAGAAUUCCAAGAAAUCUCCCUCACGUUGCCUGAUCAGAUCUCCUUCUCCGCCAUUACGCCACAGCCGACCUUCCGCCUCAACCAGAUCGACUUCAUCUUCUCUCUAAAUAAUGAACCUGAUCGCCUCGCUCCAGCUGAAUCGAUCUCCGCCGUUGACGAUGAUGACGACGGUUUCAGAACGCCCGUCUCUUCAGAUCAUAAGAUUCCUGUGGUUCGACACUGUCCGCCGGCUCCUAAAAGACCGAAACCGAUCUCCUUGUCGAGAACCUCGUCGAUGAGGGCUUCCGGCGUUCGUAGAGGUUUUCGAGUGUAUAUCUCUGAUGAAAUCGUUGAUUCCAUCUUCUGCUCCGAUUUGCUGCAUCAGAAGAGUAAGAAGAAAGCUCGGAAGGACGAUGAUGAUAAUGGCGGUGAAUAA